CGGAACAUAACUUCCGUUGCACGAUGGCGAUACUCGUCCAUUUCUUUCCGUGCGGUUCUUUAACAUGACUGGUUUGUCGAAUAGGGCCGUUGUUAUUGAUGGUCGUGGCCAUCUGGUUGGCCGUUUGGCCUCCGUUGUUGCCAAAUACCUUCUUCAAGGAGGUAAAGUGGCAGUUGUACGUUGCGAGGAAUUGAACCUCUCUGGCCAUUUCUACAGAAAUAAAAUUAAGUACUUGGCGUAUUUGCGCAAACGCUGUAACGUAAAUCCUGCUCGUGGUCCAUAUCACUUCCGUGCUCCAUCAAGAAUUUUCUUCAAAGCUGUGCGAGGCAUGAUUCCACACAAAACCAAGCGUGGUCAAGCUGCACUUGCCCGUCUCCGCGUUUUCGAUGGUAUUCCACCACCAUACGACAAGCGUCGUCGUGUCUGUGUACCAAUCGCCAUGCGUGUCCUCACUCUGCGUUCUGACCGCAAAUACUGCCAAGUCGGACGUUUGUCAAGCGAAGUCGGCUGGCACUACCAAGAUGUCGUUAAGAGUCUGGAAAGGAAACGCAAGGCUAAGUUGCGUGUCACUCUGAAACACAACAGAAUCAUGAAGAAGUUGACUGUUAAGGCUCGCGAAAACAUUGCGAAGGUAGCGGAACCUUUCAACAAAAUCAUUAAAUCUUACGGAUACGAAGUUUAAAAUACGUACCCCUAAGUUUGUUUAAAAUGAUUAGAAUUCAUUUUUUAAUAAAAAGAAUAACAUAAGUAAAA